AUGUGCGUUGAUUAUCGAGAUUUGAACCGUGCGAGUCCAAAAGACAAUUUCCCACUGCCUCACAUUGACACAUUAGUGGAUAAUACAGCCAGAUUCUCACUAUUUUCAUUUAUGGACGGCUUCUCGGGAUAUAAUCAGAUCAAGAUGGCACCUGAAGAUAUGGAAAAAACCACAUUUAUCACAUUAUGGGGGACAUUUUGCUAUAAGGUGAUGUCUUUCGGACUCAAGAAUGCCGGAGCAACUUAUCAAAGGGCCAUGGUGGCGCUUUUUCAUGAUAUGAUGCACAAAGAAAUUGAGGUCUAUGUAGAUGAUAUGAUCGCCAAGUCCGAGUCAGAAGCAGAGCACAUCCUCAACCUGAAGAAAUUGUUCGAGAGAUUGAGGAAGUUCAAGCUUAAGCUAAACCCGGCUAAAUGCACAUUCGGUGUGAAAUCUGGAAAGUUGCUGGGUUUCAUUGUCAGUCAAAAGGGGAUUGAGGUUGAUCCUGACAAGAUGCGCGCGAUAAUCGAAAUGCCUACUCCUAACACGGAGAAAGAGGUGCGAGGUUUCUUGGGCAGACUGAACUACAUUGCUAGGUUCAUCUCCCAGUUGACUUCCACCUGUGAACCAAUAUUCAAGCUAUUGCGUAAAAAUCAGGCCGUCAAGUGGAAUGAAGACUGUCAGGCUGCUUUCGACAAAAUUAAACAAUAUCUACAAGAUCCUCCAGUCUUACGGCCACCGAGACCAGGGAGACCACUAAUUCUGUAUUUGACUGUACUGGACGAGUCAAUGGGUUGCGUGUUAGGUCAGCAUGAUGAAACUGGAAAGAAAGAGCACGCCAUAUACUACCUGAGCAAGAAGUUCACAGAAUGCGAACGACGAUACUCAUUUUUGGAGCGAACCUGUUGCGCAUUGGCAUGGGCCGCCCAUCGUCUAAGGCAAUACAUGUUGAGUCAUUCUACCUGGUUGAUAUCCAAGAUGGAUCCCAUCAAGUAUAUUUUUGAAAAACCCGCUUUGACUGGAAGGAUAGCCCGGUGGCAGAUGCUACUGUCAGAAUACGACAUUAUAUAUGUCACACAGAAAUCUUUCAAGGGUAGCGCUCUGGCUGAAUAUCUGGCUCAACAACCUAUUAGCGAUUACCAGUCAAUGCAGCCUGAAUUCCCCGACGAAGAUAUCAUGGCCUUAUUUGAAGGUGAUCAGGAAGAGCAAAAUGGAAAGACAUGGACGUUGUUAUUCGAUGGAGCUUCUAACAUCAUGGGACAUGGUAUAGGGGCAAUACUGAUAUCUCCAGAGAAUCAAUACAUUCCAAUGACCGCAAGAUUGUGUUUUAAUUGCACGAAUAAUAUCGCUGAAUAUGAAGCUUGCGCUAUGGGCAUCCGAGCUGCAAUUGAAUUGAAGGCAAAAUUUUUGAAUGUGUACGGAGAUUCAGCAUUGGUUAUCCAUCAAUUAAAGGGGGAAUGGGAGACUAGGGAUCCGAAGUUGAUUCCCUACAGAGCUUACAUCAUGGAGUUGGUGGAGUAUUUUGAUUCCAUUGAAUUUCAACACAUCCCACGAGAAGAUAACCAGUUGGCGGAUGCCUUAGCUACUUUGUCAUCGAUGUUCGAGAUUAAUCAAGAUGGGGUAUUGCCAAUGAUCCAAAUGAAGAGCCACGAAGAGCCAGCAUAUUGUCGCUUCAUUGAAGAAAAAUUAGAUGGUAGGCCUUGGUAUUUUGAUAUCAAACACUAUUUAAAAACCAGGGAAUACCCCGAAGAAGCAUCUGAGAAUGAUAAAAGGACAUUGAGAAGGUUAGCUGCAAGUUUUAUCUUAAGUGGGGAUGUGUUGUACAAGAGAAACCACGACAUGGUUCUCCUUCGAUGCGUGGACGCAAAAGAGGCCAAGUCAAUAUUGGAGGAAGUUCAUGGAGGUACCUUCGGCACACACAUGAAUGGGCACUCAAUGGCCAGGAAGAUCUUGAGGGCUGGUUACUUUUGGUUGACCAUGGAGAGUGAUUGUUGCAUGCACGUGAGGAAGUGUGAGAAGUGUCAGAAAUAUGCGGACAAUAUCAAUAUGGCGCCCACUACUUUAAACGUAAUGUCUGCACCAUGGCCAUUUUCAAUGUGGGGGAUAGAUGUUAUUGGAGCCAUAGAGCCAAAAGCCUCGAACGGACAUCGCUUCAUACUGGUUGCAAUUGAUUACUUCACUAAAUGGGUAGAAGCUGCUUCUUACGCCAAUGUGACAAGAAAAGUUGUGACUAAAUUCAUAAAAAGAGAGUUGAUUUGCAGGUACGGAUUGCCCAACAAGAUAAUCACCGAUAACGCCACCAACCUGAACAAUCAAAUGAUGACUGAAUUGUGUGAAGGAUUUAAAAUCCAACAUCAUAAUUCUUCUCCCUAUCGUCCAAAAAUGAAUGGGGCAGUCGAGGCUGCUAAUAAGAACAUCAAGAAAAUCGUACAGAAAAUGGUGGUUACGUAUAAAGAUUGGCACGAGAUGCUUCCUUUCGCUUUGCAUGGGUAUCGUACUUCAGUACGUACAUCGACUGGGGCAACACCUUUCUCUCUGGUAUACGGAAUGGAGGCAGUGCUACCUUUUGAAGUAGAAAUUCCAUCCCUACGAGUGUUAAUGGAGACCCAAUUGGAAGAGGCUGAAUGGAUUCAAGCUCGGUUUGACCAGCUCAACCUCAUUGAGGAGAAGAGGCUAACAGUAGUGUGUCACGGACAGUUAUACCAAAGAAGAAUGAAAAAAGCGUUCGACAAGAGGGUGCGCCCUAGAGAGAUCCAUGAAGGCGAGCUAGUCUUGAAGAAGAUCUUGCCCAUACAGAAGGAUCACAGGGGCAAGUGGACUCCAAAUUAUGAAGGCCCAUAUGUGGUGAGGAAAGCAUUUUCUGGUGGGGCACUAAUUCUCACAAGGAUGGAUGGGGAGGAGUUACCGUUACCGGUCAAUUCUGACGCGGUCAAGAAAUUUUAUGCAUGAUGAUUCCUUGAUAGGAUACGCUACUAGGGGAUACCGACAUUGUAUC